AUGCGAACCCUCGCGCUGGCAAGCAUACUGCCCCGCGCUGAGAAUACGAAGAGCAGUGCUACACCCUUUUUUACUUGUGCCUUUCGGUCGUACAGUUUUGCAAGUAUAUUUGGAGCCUCAAAGUCCAAUUUACAUCAUAGAAUGAGUGGAAAUGAAACAGAAGAAUGCACUCCACCUGACAUUAACCUAUACAAUUUUGACGACACCCAGUUUCAAACCUGUCGUUACGUUCUGACCAGUCCCCGUUCUCUAGAGGCAUGCGCAAAGCUGAAUAUUAGGCCAGUUGAGUUGUUAUUCAAGUCCAAAGAGGAAUUUUCUGCCACGUAUAAGAAUUUUCCGGAUAAGAAGUUGGAAGAAAUGUUUGUUCAGCAUGAAAAUACAAGGAAAGAAAAGCUAAUGAAAGCACGGCUAGAAAGAGCUCGGCUGAUUAAAAGGUACACCAACAGCUCCAGCAGAAAUUCCACUGAUCCUGAUCGGAAGCCUUCUAGCGUUGAACAGUCUCAGCAGACAGAAAGUUCAAACAAGGGUGCAGCCAUAAAAGCUGACCUAGUCCAGAAUUUGCCGGACAGAUGUUAUUCAGCCCAGCAGACCCUGCCAGAAAAGUACCAGAAUUUGCUGAAUAAGCUUCCACCUCAACAUGCGGCACAACUCCCGAGGACACAAUCACUCGAUCGCGUGGAGAACCGUAAUAGCAACAUGAGCACUCCCCGUGAGAAAAGCCGCAGACGAUCGUUGGUGCGCUGGAUGCCAAAAGGUUCAACCAGUCCCACGGACACUAGGACUAGCGACGGUCCUACCAACGAUCCCUCAUGCAGGUCAUCGACAACAAAGGAUGGUGAAUUUUGGCUUCGAAAAUGUCAUGAAGAAAAUGAGCAAAGUGAGGAACGCGAGCGGCGAUUAAGACAAGCGCAGGAACGAAGGCGCGAAUUGGACAAGAUGUUGGAAACCUACAGACGUGAGCUGCAAGAGGCUAGAGAGAUUACCCACCAGCGGGCGCGUGAGCGAGCAUAUUUGCGAAGCAGUGAGGAGCAACUCCGCAAAGUGCACGACCGCCAACAACGAGAACAACAUAUUAGAGAGAACGCGAAGAUAAUACAACAACGCCAAGAAGAAUGGCGAAGGGCGGCUGAAGCUAUGCAGAAACAAAAGGAAGAGCAUGUUCAAAAGUUUCUUGAAGAAAGGGAGGCAAAAAUUCAAGAGAGUCGAAACUUGGCGCAGGCAGCAGAACAAUUACGGGCAGAAAUGCAACGCGUGUACAACCUUGACAGUUUCGAUAAGAAAGCUCAGCAUGUGGCCUUACUUAACGAACUUGGACUGGGUGGUGCAAGCACCUGAAUGGGGAUACGCACUGGACAAGAUUUCCAUUCUUCCGGAAUCCUUCAAGGUUUCUUUAUCGUCCUUUAUUUUUCAUUUUGUGGAGAAAAUUGCACCUCUCCAUAUCUA